ACGAGCCGCUCUGCCGCGCGGCGUUCACAGGGGCCCGCGUCGCGUUCCACCCCUUCGCGCCUCCUUCGCACCCCCCCUCCGCCGCCACCCCGCACCGGGGCGUCCAGGAUGUCGCGCCUGGGUGACCCCUGCACCAGGCCGGAAGAGGAGUUCUUCUUCGUCCCCUACUCCUUUGACUUGGAGAAGGAGACCCAAGAGUGGGAGGGCACGACGCUUGUCGUCAUGGCCAUGACCGCGCCGGCUUCAACUGGGGUGCGCGAGGUGAGGCCGUCGUCCUCGAGGAGAUGCGCUUGCACCGUGGAGAGGUGGUCGUGUCUCGCCACCAGCCGCAACCUUUCCUCCUCAAGUUCGCCAACCGCCGUCUCACUGAGGAGGCCGCCGCGAUGCGCUACAUCAAGCACCACGGCGUCGUCCUGAACGUCCGUCCGUGGCGGAGUCUGGAGGCCGCAUUGGGGGCGGCCAUGUUUUUCAGGGUACGCCUUUGCCUGGAGGGCAUCCCGGUCCACGCUUGGAACCCGGAGAUCGUCGAGCGGCUGAUUGGUCGGUCCUGUGCGCUGGAGUGCAUCGACACCAACCUCCUGCACCCGGACGACACCAGGACAAUUGAUGUUUGGGCAUGGACGCCCAAUCCGAGCAGGAUUCCCAAGUGUCCGUGGUUGGUCUUCACCAGCCGGCGGACGCUUCCUCGUCGGUUACCAUCUCCGCGACACCGCCGGCGCCGUGGCAGAAGGGCGCCAAAUUCAGGGUGCUUAUCCACCUGGAGUGGGUCUAUUACUACACCUCCGCCUCCACACGGAUCACUACGGGGACGGCAUGGCGGCGGCGGCGGAAGCUCUCAUGGCACUGGUGGAGCCGUGGACGGCGAGCUGGCUCCGGUGCCCGCGUUCCCGCCCCCAAUCGUCCCGCCACCUGUCUGGACGGUGCGACAGGAUGUUAGCAACCACUCAAUCCAUCCACCACCAUGAACAUACACAACGAAUCACUGAUAACUUAUCCAAUACAAUAUGAGAAGAACAGAGUUCGGGAAAGGCAGCAAAGCAGGGGAGACGGGAGGAGAUCAGCAAGUUCUAGGUACUGGAAGGAAUCAGAGAUACACUGGAAUCUUGAGGAGGGAGAAAGUAACCAGAGGAUGAGGAUGAAGAGUAGUAGUUGUUUCUGAAUAAUUAUCGAUGCCUAUCUCUAUUGUAUUGCUCUCCUUUUGUACUGCUUGCCUUCAUCACUUGCUCGGCCCAGCAACUCUCACUGCCACGGCCCAUAGCCCACAUAGUGAAUAGCCCAAUCAUGAUAAGCCCCUGACAUUCCUCCCUUCUUAAGCUUCGGCUUGCCCCCAAGCCGAUAUAGAAGGUCUGAUCUGUCAGGUUUCCAAGAUAAAUGCAAUAUCUCAAAACAUAAUGAAUGCUUAGGACCGGCAAUUUCUUUCA